CGAUUCUCGAGUUGAAAAAGAAAAGACUACACCAAGGAUGACAUUUCUAUGUAAGCAAAUCUAAGCUUUAGUUUUUUUAAAUGCUCAAAGUUGAAGCCUAACCGUGAGUAAAUACUUUUAUCAAUGUUAUAUCUAUAAGGUUCAUUUCUAAAUAAAUGAAAUUAGCCUAUUUACAAUGAUUUUAUUGCUAGUAAUUACUGAUGACAUUAAGUAUAUAUUGCAGAUCAUCGAGAAUUAUCCCUCCAGUUAAAGUCAUACUGCCCUCAGUUUUGUAUUGCAUAAAGUGCAAUCAGUGACGAUUGAAGAGGACUGAAAAAAGGUUUUUUACUUUGGGAAUUUUAAGUCAAUGCUUACACAACUGUUAAGAUUGUUGGAAAUCAUAUUACUGUUUAAUUCUAUAUUUAGGCUGGCUAACAGGUAAAACCAUGACUUAUCUGUGUAUUGUUUGAUUUUAGAUGGAUUAUAGACCAGUUUUAGCGUGUGUUCUACUAGCCUUCCUCGGUUCCACGGUUUCCGGGGAGAGCUCGGUUAUCUGCUCUUCGCUGUAUAGACCCGUAUGUGGCGAGAACGGCCAAUCAUAUGACAACGCAUGCUUGGCUGGAUCUGUAGGUGUUCAAAUUGCACACCAAGGAAUGUGCAACUGCCCAUGUCCAAAAGAUUUAAGACCAGUUUGUGGUUAUAACGGUGUAACUUACCACAACGCCUGUCUGGCAAAAUGCGAUCUCGUCAGUUUUACUCCAGGAGAAUGUUAAUUUCAAUGAAUUUGACAGCAGUUUACAUGUACUACGGUGCCUUAGAUACUUCUUUUCUGAUAUCUCUAUUCAAGUUUCCAAGCAAAAUUGUACAAACUCAAGAAUAAAUUCAAAAAAUAUG